UCUACCAUCAGGUGGCAACGCUUAAGACAGAUUGUUUAUAUUGCUUGUGAGCCAAAUUUUUUAUUUUGUAUUAACUUUUUGGCAUUUGCUAUGCAGAUCACAAUCAAAGUGCUUAAGGGCCAGGACUGCACGCUCGAAGUCUCGCCGACAUCCACGAUUCUCGAGGUGAAACAACAGAUCGAAUCGGAACUCCAAAUAUCGGCAGCCAAUCAAAAGUUAUUGCUUCUGGGACGUCCUUUAAAUAAUGAGCAGACAAUUGCAUCCUAUCCUAAUAUCAAAGAGGGCACCAAACUCAAUCUGGUGGUGAUGAAACCCUGCCUGAGGGACAGCAUCCUGCGGGGAUUCCGGAAGCACUAUCCGGAAAACCAGGCAGAGCGGUUGACCAAUGAGUUUAUGGCCGACUUUGAGAGGAAAAUUAACGAACAGAGCCUGGACGAUUUGGAAAGAUUGGCGGAUAGUAUUGUCAGCAGAGCGGGCACAUAGCCAUAGGCACAUAAAAAACCCACCCCAAUAUGACGAUAGUCUAUUAUCCUCACCCCAUUGUUUUUAUUUCCCCCACAAAACGAGGUAGUAAAAAUUAAGACUUGACUGAAAA